AUGCCUCGACGAAGCUCCCCUGAAUCUCUCGUUGGAAUAUCGCUGUGCUGCGCCGAUUACAUACGGAGCUGUUUGACCGACGUCCUGGAAGCAUCUCAAGCGAACUUGGAUCGUCUAAAAGUCCCUAGCGCACUUACCAUGUAUCCCUUUGCUGAAAAUAUUCCUAAUACGGUCAGAGGUGCUAUAGCACUCACCCACCGCCUCGGCAUUCGGUGCCUAUGGGAUGAACAGCUUUGCGUUGUGCAGGACGAUCUGCUUCGGAAAGUGUUGCAACUGGAAAAGGUGGCGGCUAUGUAUGAAAAUGCACAUAUGAUCGAGUGGCGCCAGAUGGACCGCAUGUAA